AUGUAUUUGAAUAUUAAGUAAGAUUUACAUUCAUUUUCCAAUUCCAAAAGUACACAAUCUUUACAGUACAUUUUACAAAAUAUAUUGUUCAGUGCUUUUAUACAUUCAUUAAUACAGCAAAACAUUCAGAUUAUGUUUAUAUAUUCAUAUUGAUUUCCGUGUGGUGACAUGUCUGCAACCACACCCUUGAGAGUGCUGAAAAAAAUUAAACAAUGACAGAAAGCAUUCUAAAGGGAUAACACACCCCCCAUAUAAAGUAGAGAGACCUUAUAAAAGAAACAAUGAUACUGAAGGUGGAGAUCAGUUAUGGGGGCUUUCCAGGUCACACAUAUUUUCACAGGUGUCUCUUUCGUCUUACUUUUUUUUUCUUUUUUCUUUUUAUGCUUUGUGUCUUCUUCACUUUCUUUAUCUUGUAAGUUAGAAAGAAAGUUUAAUCUCAAUGAAAUGCACAAGCCUGGCGAUGUGGUACUGGGUGGGUUGUUUGAGGUCCAUUACACUUCUGUCUACCCAGAGAGAACAUUUACCUCAGAGCCUCAACAGCCUCACUGCACUGGCUUUGAUAUUGUAGGGUUCAGGAAUGCAAUGACUAUGGCAUUUGCUAUUGAAGAGAUCAACAAGAACUUAAAUUUGCUACCUAAUGUGACUCUUGGAUACAGUCUUUAUGACAACUGUGGUGCCCUUGUUGUUGCACUCAGCGGUGCCUUAUCACUAGCCAGUGGCCAGGAGGAGCAGUUUCUGCUUCAGGAGAACUGUUCAGGCAUCCCUCCAGUCCUUGGGAUUGUUGGUGAUCACUACUCAACAUUUUCUAUUGCUAUUUCCAGUGUGCUAAGUUUAUACAAUAUACCUAUUGUGAGUUAUUUUGCCACAUGCUCCUGCCUCAGUGAUCGUCAGCGUUUUCCAACUUUUUUCAGAACCAUCCCAAGUGAUGCUUUCCAGGUGCGUGCUAUGAUUCAGAUUCUAAAACACUUUGGCUGGACUUGGAUAGGUCUUCUAGUCAGUGAUGACGAUUACGGACUCCAUGUUGCCCAAUCGUUCCAAUCUGACCUGGCUAAGUCUGGUGACGGUUGUCUGGCUUACUUAGAGAUUUUGCCCUGGGACAGUGACCCAAGUGAACUGAAGAGGAUUGUACAUUUGAUAAAGACAUCAACAGCUCGGGUGGUGAUAGUGUUUGCACAUGAGAUACACUUGAUUCAACUAAUGGAAGAGGUAGCGAAGCAGAAUGUGAUAGGUCGCCAAUGGAUUGCAAGCGAAACAUGGACAACAGCGUCAGUGCUCCAAACAGCCCACCUCACGCCGUACCUGCGUGGCACAUUGGGCAUUGCCAUCCGCAGAGGUGAAAUACCAGGGCUGAGGGAAUUCCUGUUAAAAAUACACCCAGACCAAAGUGACAAUGGCAGAUACAACAAUAAUUUGGUAAAUCAGUUUUGGGAAUUCACAUUUCAGUGCAGAUUUGCACCAGCUCCAGCAGGCUGGCUGGAAGCUGGAGGAGCACUAUGCACUGGGCAGGAGCAUAUUGAAAAUGUGGAGACUGAGUUUCUUGAUCUCUCUAAUCUCAGGCCUGACUACAAUGUAUACAAGGCCGUGUAUUCUCUUGCAUAUGCUCUUAAUGACAUGUUGCAUUGCAAACCAGGGAGAGGACCCUUCAGAGGGCACAGCUGUGCUACUUUGCAAACAGUGGAGCCAUGGCAGCUCAUACAUUAUCUACAAAAUGUCAACUUCACCACUCCAUUUGGUGAUCAAGUAUCUUUUGAUGAAAACGGUGAUGCAUUGCCAGUAUAUGAUGUCAUGAACUGGUUACACCUCCCUGAUGGACAAAUUAAAGUUCACAAUGUUGGUGAGGUUAAAAGGUCAGGCUUUAAAAGUGAAGAACUCACCAUUGAUGAAGACAAAAUCUUCUGGAAUUUUGAAUCAGGAAAGCCACCCCGAUCAGUGUGUAGUGAGAGCUGUCCUCCAGGGACCCGAAUGGCUAGAAACAAAGGACAACCAGAGUGCUGUUUUAGUUGCAUUCCAUGUUCAAAGGGAAAAAUCAGCAAAAACAACAAUUCCUUGGAGUGCACCAGUUGUCCAGAGGAUUUUUGGUCAAACCCUCAGAAUGACCACUGUGUUCCUAAGAAGACAGAGUUCCUCUCCUACCAUGAGCCUCUGGGUAUUUGUUUGACAACUGCCUCUUUGUUGGGCACAUUUAUCUGUGCAGUUGUUUUAGGGAUCUUUUUCUAUCAUCGACGUACACCCAUGGUACGUGCAAACAAUUCAGAGCUGAGCUUCUUGCUAUUAGUAUCACUGAAACUAUGCUUCCUGUGUUCACUGUUAUUCAUCGGAAGACCCAGGGUAUGGACAUGCCAGCUGAGACAUGCAGCAUUUGGCAUCAGUUUUGUGCUUUGCGUCUCAUGUAUCCUGGUGAAAACCAUGGUUGUUCUGGCUGUGUUCAAAGCCUCCAAGCCAGGAGGGGGAACCAUUCUUAAGUGGUUUGGGUCGAUGCAACAGAGGGGGACAGUUCUGGCUCUUACUUGUAUUCAGGCAGGAAUCUGUACUGCCUGGCUUGUCUCUUCCUCUCCAGCUCCACAUAAAAACAUGCAAUACCACAAUGACAAGAUAGUGUAUGAGUGUGCAGUUGGGUCAACUGUUGGCUUUGCAGUGUUACUGGGUUAUAUUGGUGUGCUGGCUGUCCUUAGCUUUCUGCUAGCAUUUCUAGCUAGGAAUCUUCCAGAUAAUUUCAAUGAGGCCCGACUUAUUACUUUCAGCAUGCUAAGUUUCUGUGCUGUGUGGGUGGCCUUUGUCCCUGCUUAUGUCAACUCUCCAGGUAAAUAUGCAGAUGCAGUGGAGGUAUUUGCCAUUUUGGCUUCAAGUUUUGGCCUUUUGGUGGCCCUGUUUGGACCCAAAUGUUACAUAAUUCUGCUGAAACCAGAGAGAAACACAAAGAAGGCAAUCAUGGGUCGGCUCACUACAAAGGAAUAGAAUUAAUAUCAUUUGUGUUAUUUAAAUUAAUCAGUUAAUAAGUUGAAUUCAUUUCACAUUUUGUCUUCAACAGUAAUAAUUUAAGAUUGCUAAAAUCUUAAAUCUUUUAUCAAACAAUAGUAUGGCUAAUAGAUUUUUUUAAAUGAGUGUUAUCAUAGCAAAAUGUUAUCUUAGAGAAAUCUACUUAACUCAUUGUUUAUGCAACUGAUAUGAUCCUACUGGAAGAAACACAAACUUAUUCCCAACCUGUUCUUUGAUCAUUUUAAAGUUGAGCUUUUCAGCUGCCUUUCAUCAGGCUAAUAAAGUUGCUCACCAAUGCUUCAAGUGUUACUGGAUUCUUCACCUCACCAGACCGUUUCCCCCCUCAAGUUGUGCCAGAAACUUUUGGAUCUCAACCAAAAGAAUGCACAAGAAAUGAAUUUAUAAAUUCUAAUAUACAAAAGAGCUGCAGCUGUUAGCUAAAGAUAUUCCAUUCAGAGCUGAUGAUUUUUUGUGAAUUUAUCCUUAAAGACUACAUGAGAAAACAAACAAACAAACAAAAUAAAAACAAAAAAAAAUUAAUGCUGCCAUUGUAAAAAACUGACCUAAUUUGAGCACCUACCUGGUCCUGAAAUCAAUGGCCAGACGCACACAGACACAGAAAGAGAGACAGAUGCAACAGAAACUGAUCAUUUGCCUUAACUGUGUUGUAACAUUUUGGUUGUCAUCAGUAUUUUAAUCUUAGUAUAGGUGCAUUGUUUCUCACAAUAAAUCGAUGUGAUAAAAUGUGUUUCUGCCUAGAGAACAUGAAUGUAAAAGGUGAAAUAUUGAGGUAAAUAAUUAAUUAAAGCUCCUGUGCUUGUGUGUGUUUGUGUGUGCCUGUUGACAAAUUUAGG